AUGUCCUUGAAAAGCAUCCUUCGUGAUCUGAAGGAAGUAAGAGACGGACUUGGAGGGAUCUCAAAGCGAAGCUGGUCAUCGAAGUCGUCUCACAUUGCUCCUGACCAAACGACGACACCACCGGAGAACAUCUCGCAGAGCCCUUGGGCUUCUCUGCCGCCUGAGUUGCUCCAUGACAUCAUCCGGAGGGUUGAAGAGAGUGAGACCGCUUGGCCAGCUCGAGCAGCUGUGGUCUCUUGUGCUUCUGUCUGCAAAUCAUGGAGAGGAAUCACAAUGGAGAUUGUGAAGAUCCCUGAGCUGUGUGGGAAGCUCACUUUUCCAAUCUCAUUGAAACAGCCUGGGCCUAGAGACUCUCCUAUCCAAUGCUUUAUUAAGAGGAACAGAGCAACAGCUACAUAUAUUCUCUACUAUGGCUUGAUGCCUUCUGAGACGGAGAAUGAUAAACUCUUGUUAGCAGCAAGAAGGAUUAGAAGAGCGACGUGUACUGAUUUUAUAAUCUCACUGUCUGGUAAAAACUUCUCACGGAGAAGCAGCACUUACGUUGGCAAACUAAGGUCUGGUUUUCUAGGAACCAAGUUCACAAUAUAUGACAACCAAACAGCAUCAACCACCACAGCACAAGCACAACCUAACCGAAGACUUCACUCUAAGCAAGCAUCAUCCCUAAAGUUACCUGCUACUAGCUACACCGCAGGAAACAUAACCUACGAGCUCAAUGUUCUUCGCACGAGAGGACCUAGAAGAAUGCAUUGCGUUAUGGACUCUAUACCGUUAUCUUCUGUUAUCGCUGAACCAUCUGUAGUUGGAGUUCAAGGCGUGAAAGAGGAAGUAGUCUCUUCCUCGCCUUCGCUGAAAGGAGAAACCAGCUCAACAACAGAGAAAGAGAUCAUCACUGAUGUUUCUCCAAGCUUGUUGGAUCAGCCGCUGGUUCUGAAAAACAAAUCACCAAGAUGGCAUGAGCAGUUGCAGUGCUGGUGCCUCAACUUCAAAGGGAGAGUGACCGUUGCUUCGGUUAAGAAUUUCCAGCUUGUGGCUGACAUUGACCCUUCUUUAGAUGCGCCGCCUGAAGAGCAUGAUAGAGUGAUCUUACAGUUUGGCAAAAUCGGCAAGGACAUUUUCACUAUGGACUAUCGCUAUCCUCUCUCUGCUUUUCAAGCCUUUGCUAUAUGCAUCAGCAGCUUUGACACCAAACCAGCGUGUGAAGGGUAA